AUGGACCGGGGCGGCGGGGCCGGGGGGAGCCUCGAACUCGCCGGGGGCGGCGGCGGUGGCGGCGGCGGCGGCGGCGGCGGCGGUGGCGGCGGCAGCGCGGAUCUAUGUCUUCAGGAUCUCGUGAUCGGGCCGACGAGCGGCCUCUCGGUGCAGCAUCAUCAGCACGCGGUCGCGGCAACCGCCUCGAUGGCCAGCCUACACGGCGACCAUCUUCAGGGAGCGAUGCACCAUCAUGAUCUCCACGGCAACUCGCAUCACGACACGUCGAUGCUGCACAAUUCCAGCCACCAGCUGCACCACGAGCCGCUGGAGAAACUUAAACUCUGGGCGCAGAGUGACUUUGGAGAUGAAACCAAUGGGGGUCUCGCAAGGCUCGAUGCAGGCCAUGGCGCCCAUACCCCCGGUGGUAGCAAUCCUAGUACACCGGGGACGACUCCCUCGACACCCUCCGGUGGAUAUUCUACCGGUCAGCCGAGAAACCGUACGAACACUCAUAGGCCGGAUAUCCGAAAAGGUGUACGAUCACCACCAGAAGUGAAACACGAAUUGGGUGCUGGUGGCGGUGUCGUUUCUCCCGGAGGAGUGGUCGGAGUCAACGAUACCGAUGACAAGGACGGUAAGAAGAACAAACGACAAAGACGACAGAGAACGCAUUUUACGCAGCAUCAGCUACAGAAUUUGGAAAUGACAUUUAUGAGGAAUCGAUAUCCGGAUAUGUCAACUAGGGAGGAAAUAGCUUGCUGUACGAACCUUACGGAAGCUCGCGUCAGGGUUUGGUUCAAGAACCGGCGAGCGAAAUGGCGGAAGAAGGAGCGUAACGCGAUGAACGCCGCCGCGCAAGCCGCGGCGGAUUUCAAAUCUGGCUUCAGCACGGCCAGCUUGAACGGCUUCAUCGCCCAACCAUUCCCGGAUCCGGAUACUCUCUACAGUUCGUAUAGUACAUACAACAACUGGGCGGCCAAAGUACCAUCGCCGCUAAGUGGGAAGAGUUUUCCCUGGAUGAAUACUUUAGGCUCGGUAGUGCCUACGGCAUCGCACCAUCAUCAUCACGCGCAGGUCAGUCCGGUGAAUCCCUUCAACGCCGCAGCGACAUCGGUUGCGGGCAGCCACGUGGGCGGCAUGUCAGUGUCAGUUGGCCAAGCGGCCACGUCCAUGUUACCGGGCAUGGGUUCCGGUCUGGGCGUCGCGAGUUCGCCGGUUGCCGCAUCCGGGGCCGCGUGUCCUUAUGCAGCACCGGCUGCGCCGCAUCAUCCGUAUGGACCUCCGGUUUACACGCCGCAUCAUCGGUCGCCCGAGUCCUGCACCGUGAUGACAUCGAGCAGCAUCGCCUCGUUGCGUAUGAAAGCGAAACAGCACAGCAGCGGUUACGGUGGCGGCGGUGGCGGUUCUUUCGGUGCGGGUGGUACCACCGGUGGUACCACGGCCGGUAGCAUAAGUCCCGUCAGCUCGAGAGCGUCGUCGGUCGGCGGUGGCGGCGGUGGUGGCGGCAGUGGUAGUCUAAGCGCCUGUCAAUACGCGUUAACGACAGCUGGCGGAACGAAUCCUCAUUCUCCGGGUGGUCCCGAGGCGCACGCUAACGCCACCGCCAGGGCCCAAGUCUGAGGCGAAGCGGGGGCUACCC